AAGUGAAGCAUUUGCGUGCUCCGCUCCGCUCUGCUCCGCUCACCGCUCUGACUGCACGAGUGAACAGGAAUCUGACUUGAGGCUCAGCGUAGUUGGAGUCACUCUGUGCCACACCGGGAGUGCCUUUGGGAGAGGUUGGAAGGGGGGGGGAGGUUGUUUGCAGAGAGAGGAGCUCGGUCAAGCAGUGGUUGAUGGUGGGAGAGGAGGGAGAGAGCAGUUUCCAGCCCUUUGAAUCUUUCAUAAGGGAUAUCCUCCAACAUUAGGCUGCCUGAAUGGACUGAGAGGAAAGAGUUGCCGCUGAGGUGUCUGCACCAACAGUGACGGAGAGGGACAGGGGAGAAGUAGGGAGGGGGUGGGGGGGGACUGGGCACUUUACAGAGAGCAAGACCAAGAGAAGGAGAGGUGGGAGAGGGGAGAGAAUCGGUGUUGAGGAAGACGAAUUCUGUACGUGACCCUGCUGUAGAAAGCUCCUCAAAGAGCCUCUGAAGUACAGCAGACAAUAAGGAAAGCCCGAGGCAUGAGCCAGAGAAAGGAGAGGGGGAGAGGGCACGACGGCUGGCUGGCUAUUCCCUAAAUCCGUGAAGGACGGGGGGAAAACGGAGGGUAGUGUAGAAAGCACAAUUGCAAAGCAGCCCGAGCAACUAAAAGGUACGUGCGAGACGACCUUCUCCUCCUGCAAGAAUUCAAGCCGGUGAAAACUUCUACAGUCAGUUGUGUGUGUGUCUGGCUCGCGGUGGCUGAAUUUGUGCAGAUAUUGGCGAUUUGACAGCGACCAUUAAGGACCGCAGGGAUGUCGUCCAACGAGCUGAGCGUUGACAUGGACUCAUGCAUCCGGACGUUCAAGGAGCACAUGCACCUGGAGCUGGAGCCCCCCAAGAUGCCAGGUGUGGUGGCCGGGAAGCGGGGGGCCACGUCCCCGAAGCUGUCCCCGAGAAGCUCCCCCCGCCUGUUCCGCAAGCUGAUGGUCAACAAGAGCAUCCGGCAGAGGCGGCGCUUCACUGUAGCGCAUACCUGUUUUGACGUGGAGAAUGGCCCAUCUGCCAGCUGCAGCCCUCUGGACCCCCAGGCCUCCCCGGGCUCGGGUCUGGUCCUCCACACCAACUUCCCCGGUCACAACCAGCGGCGAGAGUCCUUCCUCUACCGCUCUGACAGUGACUAUGAUCUGUCCCCCAAAUCCAUGUCACGGAACUCCUCCAUCGCUUCUGAACUACAUGGUGAUGACUUGAUCGUGACGCCUUUUGCUCAGGUUCUGGCAAGCCUUCGAAGUGUAAGGAAUAACUUCACUGUACUGACCAAUGUCCAGUGUGCCUCCAGCAAGAGGUCUCCUGCAGCAACCACCCAGCCUCCAAUCACCAGAGUUUGUCUCCCAGAUGAGGCGUACCAGAAGCUGGCCAUGGAGACAAUGGAGGAGUUGGACUGGUGUCUGGACCAGCUGGAGACCAUCCAGACCUACCGCUCUGUCAGCGACAUGGCCUCCAACAAGUUCAAGAGAAUGUUGAAUCGGGAGUUGACGCACCUAUCUGAGAUGAGUCGGUCUGGGAAUCAGGUUUCCGAAUUCAUCUCCAACACCUUCCUAGACAAACAGAAUGAGGUGGAGAUCCCGUCGCCGACGUCGAAGACGCGGGAGAAGAAGAAGCAGCAGCAGCAGCAGAAGCAGCAGCUGAUGACACAGAUCAGCGGCGUCAAGAAGGUCUCUCACGGGCCCUCCCUCUCCAGCAGCAGCAUCUCGCGCUUCGGCGUCAAGACCGACAAGGAGGAGCUGCUGUCCAAGGAGCUGGAGGACCUGAACAAGUGGGGCCUGAACAUCUUCACCGUUUCAGAGUACUCCAACAACCGACCUCUUACCUGCAUCAUGUACGCCAUCUUCCAGGAGCGAGACCUGUUAAAGACAUUUAAGAUCCCAACGGAUACGUUUGUGGCCUACAUGAUGACGCUGGAAGAUCACUACCAUUCAGACGUGGCCUACCACAACAGCCUGCACGCUGCUGACGUAGCCCAAUCCACGCACAUCCUCCUCUCCACUCCAGCCCUGGAUGCCGUCUUUACAGACCUUGAAAUCCUCGCAGCCAUCUUUGCAGCCGCCAUCCAUGACGUCGACCAUCCCGGCGUGUCGAACCAGUUCCUGAUCAACACCAACUCCGAGCUGGCGCUGAUGUACAACGACGAGUCCGUGCUGGAGAACCACCACUUGGCCGUGGGCUUCAAGCUGCUGCAGGAGGAUAACUGCGACAUCUUCCAGAACCUCACCAAGAAGCAGCGGCAGUCCCUGCGCAAGAUGGUCAUCGACAUGGUUUUGGCCACCGACAUGUCCAAACACAUGAGUCUGCUGGCGGAUCUGAAGACGAUGGUCGAGACUAAGAAGGUGACGAGCUCUGGAGUGCUGCUGCUAGACAAUUACACCGACAGGAUACAGGUCCUGCGUAACAUGGUGCACUGUGCCGACCUGAGCAACCCCACCAAGUCCCUGGAGCUGUAUCGUCAGUGGACCGAUCGGAUAAUGGAGGAGUUCUUCCACCAGGGAGACAGAGAGAGGGAGAGGGGGAUGGAGAUCAGCCCCAUGUGUGACAAGCACACGGCCUCGGUGGAGAAGAGCCAGGUGGGCUUCAUCGACUACAUCGUGCACCCUCUGUGGGAGACCUGGGCUGAUUUGGUCCACCCCGACGCCCAGGACAUCCUGGACACCCUAGAGGAUAACAGGAACUGGUACCAGAGCAUGAUCCCCCAGAGCCCCUCCCCGCCCUUCUACGACCAGGGCACGCACGGACACGGCGGAGGCACUGGAGGACAGGGAGGCGGGGAGAAGUUUCAGUUUGAGCUCACCCUGGAGGAGGAGGACGUGGACGGGAUAGAGAAAGAUGGCGAAGGGGAGGAUGAAGAAGAAGAGGAGGAGGAGGAGGAGGAAGAGUUGGAGGAUGAGGAGGAGGAGGAGGAGGAGGAGGACAGCCUAGGAGAUUCUCGGUCUCCUCCCCCGGACUAUUUGGACAGUCAGGAGCAGGAGGAGGGCGGCACGACCGAGCCAACAACGGCAAUAGAGAUUGUAACGCACGAGGCGUCGCCCACAGACACAUAGGGCUUCCAUCAUCGGGCUCACGUGGUCAUUUGAAAGUUUUUUGGAGGAAAAAAAAAAAGGAGGGCAUACGCUCUUGCAGCUGUGCAUUUUAAAUAAGCCCACAGAAGCAGAGGGGGCUUAGUUUUGGCCCGCACAGGGGGCGUCUUGCACUUGGGUGUUUGAAGCCGGACACGGACGGACAGUUUCAGUGAGGCGGCUUCAGAGUUCUCAGGAAAUAAUUACUGCGAACAUUUAAAUGAUCGUGAUGGACGGACGAGACUGAGGGUGGAACUUGAAGGAUUUUUUCAGCCAGUUUGGAAAGUGGUCACUUUUCUUUUCUGGACUGGCAUUAAAUGGACAACGACACUACUGAGAGAAGUUUUGUACCUUAAGACUUUUUUGUUCGUUUGUUUUUUUACAGAUAUGAUCUAGACGUAGCAUAGAGUAAGAUCUACUGACGGAGACACAUUUAUAUAGCAAGAGAAAGUGUUUACUUUUUUCCUGUACCGUUUGUCAGAGGACUUUUGUGUGCCUUUUUUACUAUUGUCUUUAUAUAGUUUUUUAUUUAUUGAACACUCUAGUAUGUCUGUGAAAUGUUAUUAUUUUUUUCCUUAACUGAAAGAGCGAAAUCUUUUUCUUUCUUUUUUUUGUAUGUUGAAAAGAGUCUUCCAUGUAUUGGGCAAUAGAGAAAUCCAAACAAACGUUCGACAAACAACUUUUGGACAAAUUCAUCGAAAUAGGAAAACAUACAUACGACACCCAUGUUUAGUUUUUUAGUUUUUUUCAAUCCGAGCACAGGUUCUUCUUCGCGCGCGAAAUUCAAACGCUUACUCAUGAUCCACAUUACAUGUUUUUCUCGCAACAGACGUCCAUCAAUGAAUGUCACGCUUAAACGCGUCACCUCUGUUUUUUUUAUUUUCUUACUCUUAAUGGCUUUUUCUUCGUAAUCAGCUGCAGACCACUGGGCUUUCCUCCGGCCUCACACCAAAAAGACUUGCAAUCCGUAGCUUUGAGCAGUCGUGCGAAAACCCUGCAACAUCGCGGCUGGGUGUUCCUGCCCAAACGGCAUUUGAGCUUUUGCAGUUGUUGGUGUGAAAUGGAGGUUAGCUCAGUUCAAACCCUCAUGACUUAACCUACAACCAGCUACCAGAUAAAAGAGGCCGGCCUGAAACGAAUAGCUGCGAACAUCAUCGCGCUGCUCGGCUCAGCGAUUCGAAUCAGAAAUCAAGUCAUGCACGACGGCGUUGGAGAUUAUUUUUAGCCCGCAGGUAUUUUAAUAAUGCUGUUAUUUGGAACAGGUUUUGACCCGAGACCUGUCUGAUGUAACAGCCCCCCCUACCCCCACCCCCCUUUCCCUGCCCUUCUGCAAUCAGGCCCAGACCAGAUGAUUAAAGGUGCUCUUGCAGCUGCCUGCCCUGAAAGGCGCUCUCAGACCCUCAUCAGCGCCCAUAUUCACAUGGUUUACAAACCCAUCCGGGCUCCACUGACACGACCCCCCCAAAACAAUCAGGCCGGCUAUUUCUUUCUCAUGAUAAAAAAAAAAAAAAAAAAAAUCCCUCAAGUGCUGCUUCUGCUCAUUGACGUCAAUAGAUUUUUUUUUUUUUUUUGGCCCGUCCCCACCCCCUCUCCCGUAUCAGGUUUCCAGGACAGUUGGGUUUAUUAGGACUUGGCCCAGGCGGGACCGCUGCCAUUCAGCGCGGCAGGCCCUGCAGUUGCGAAAAAAAUAACAGUGAAAUAGAAAAAUAAAAUAAAAAAAGAGGAAUAAUUAGGUGCUCUAAUUUUAAAACAAACCAAAAAAAAAAAAAAAAGUUAUUUUUUUUCUCCGAUAAUGGUUUGGAAAUGGUUUGCAGAUGUCACCAUUUCUGCCCCCGGGGGGAAGUCCCAGUUGCGUGCUGUGAUCACGAUCGUUUUCGUACAGGUUUACUGAUACUCCAAGGUACUUCAUCUGAUUUUCACUAAAGCAUGCUGAAGUGGCAGUUGUUUUGUGUGCAAGUACGACCGUGUGUUUCGUGUGCUUGUCUGGAUGAGUUGACUUUGUCAUCAGGCCUUACACCAACCCCCCCACCCACCCCGGCACCCAUCACUCCACACUUUUGUCUCUACUGUUUGUCGCUAGGAGCUCAAGUUGGUCCUUUUUGCUGUUUAUAACAGUGUGUAUUUAUUCUAUACUUUAAGCUUGUAAAUAAGAAAUACUGGUUCAGUGUAAAAUCUAUUUUAAUUUAUAUGCACUUGCAUUACCUGGAAGUGGUGGUGUCUAAUGUGUAGAAGGCUCUGGAUUCAGAGUCUUUUUUUAUAUAUAUAUAUGUAUUAUAUAUUGUUUUUUUUUUAUAAAUAUCUAUAAAUAUAUCUAAGUAUAUAUUCGCACAAUGUUUUGAGUGCCCAGCAGAGCAGCAGCUAAAGAGACAUGUUGCUGUUGUCACAUGAAAACCUUGUAGUUCCAAAGCAGCCUUUUUUUUUCAUUUUUGCCAUUUUAAGUUAAAACUGUUAACAUUUAACAGACGAGAACGAUUAUCGAUAUUAUGCAUGAACAGUAAAACCAAAAAUGUUGGCACUUUGUUUUUCUGUGUUAGGACUUAUUUUCCUUCUCAUAUAUAUAUUCAUAUAUAUAUAUAGUUUUUUUUCCAUUCGAUUUCCUUACAAGGUUUUCAUCUGACAUCGGCAAUUUGGUAACCCAGAGGUGACAUAGAGGACACGUUAAACUGCAUAGGCUUGGAUAUAGGAUACUUACAAGCUACAUGGCUAAGAUGAACCGAGGUUUUGUCGGUGCUUGGUUUCGGCGCACACAGCGCGGACAGGUUCUUUUCUCUCGGCUUGUCGCGGGCCAAGCUUCUCUCCAUCCGUUCGGUUGCAGGUUGUUGAAACGCGAGGCCAGGUGGCAGGUUUCGAGUGACAAACACUUAACGCACUUCAUGUUAAAAGUAGAUAACGUGGGGACGCUAUUGGUAGCAUGCUACAAUACCCCCGGCACCGGCGUGAAUCGUUUUGAAUUAACAACGAAACAUGAUCUUAUGUAAACUGACUGUGCUAAUGUGUGAACUCUUUCUGACCAAACUUGUUAGCAGUUUUGAAAAAUUCAAAUUUGUCAGUAUCAGCAUUGUUUAUCUACGUUCAAGCUUUUCUUUUUUUGGGUCCUAGUUGUGUCCAAAUGGUUAGCCAGACUUAGCACUAUCUGCAUGAGAGAUGGUUUUUCUUUUUUUUUUCUUUAGGUUUUUUUUGUUUGUUUUUUUACUGUUAAUAAUAUGUUCAAGUCCACCAGUUGUUGCCGGUGGGUUAUUAAAUAAAUGUUUCACACAAUGUAUGGUAUUAUAUUGUAUAUUGUGUUCAAAGAUAAAUCUGAAAUACUUUUUCUAUGAAGUGAUUAAAAGCGAAGCAUGAAUAUA